ACUCUGUGGCUAAGUUCUGUUUAAGGGUCCAUCGUCGAAGGGGGUAGGGAAACAAUUGAUGGUGAUAAUUUGAGAAGAUUCUUUUUCAUAUUUCAUCCCCCAGUCUGCACUUAGAGUCUCAUGUCUAACAUUUAGACAUGAUGAGCUUUGUGCAAAUAUCCGCCCUCCUCUGCAUCCUUGCAGUGGCUUACCCGUCCCUUGUUUUGGCACAGCAGCAGCAAGUGGAAGCAGCAUGUACUCAUCUUGGACAAGUUUAUGCAGACAGGGAUGUCUGGAAACCAGAACCUUGCCAAAUCUGUGUUUGCGACACUGGAUCCGUUUUGUGUGAUGAAAUCAUGUGUGAUGACAACGAAUCAGAGUGUGAAAACCCAGAGAUUCCAUUUGGAGAGUGCUGCCCAAUAUGUCCAUCACCUCCAAGUCCUACCCCAGCUGAAAGUGCAAAUGGAAAACCAGGGCAAAAAGGAUCCAAAGGUGACAAUGGCAUUCCCGGCAGAAAUGGUGAGAAUGGCAGUCCUGGUGUACCCGGUCCUCCAGGUCCUCCUGGUCCUGCUGGGAUUUGUGAAGGCUGUGGUUCCCUAAAUCCUGGAGGAGGAGAGCCGAAUUACAGUCCUCAAUAUGACUCCAAAUCUGGAUAUGACUUCAAAUCUGGCGCAGGUCACAUGGGGGGUCAAGCAAUGGCUGGUUUUCCUGGACCUCCUGGCCCUGCUGGACCAUCUGGCCCUGCUGGACAACCUGGACCUCAUGGAUAUCAAGGACCCGCUGGUGAAUCUGGACAGCCUGGACCACCUGGAUCUCCAGGUCCAGCUGGAAAUGUAGGGCCUCCUGGUCAACCAGGAAAAGAUGGUGAGUCAGGCCGACCAGGCAGACCCGGAGAACGUGGAGUAGCUGGAGCCCCUGGCAAUAGAGGACCACCUGGCAUGUCUGGUUUUCCUGGCAUGAAAGGCCACAGAGGCAUUGAUGGAAGGGAUGGUGGAAAGGGGGAUACCGGUGCUCCUGGACUUAGGGGAGAACCUGGUGCAGCUGGAGAUAAUGGAUUACCUGGCAGUGCAGGUCCAAGAGGACAACCUGGUGAAAGAGGUCGUGCUGGAUCUCCUGGAUCAGCUGGUGCACGUGGCAAUGAUGGAGCUCCUGGAUCUUCUGGUCAAUCUGGUCCUCCUGGUCCCCCUGGUAAUUCUGGAUUCCCCGGUGGUCCAGGCCCCAAGGGUGAAGCUGGAUCUCCUGGUUCUCGUGGUUCUGAUGGUUCUCCAGGAUCUAGAGGUGAAAUUGGACCCCAAGGCCCAUCUGGUUUAACAGGCCCUUCUGGUCCUCCUGGCAGAGAUGGAAAUCCUGGCGGUAAAGGUGAAAUUGGUCCUGCUGGUCUUCCUGGUGCUCCUGGUUUGGGUGGUGCUCGUGGUCAACCAGGUCCCCCUGGUACUAAUGGAUCACCUGGUUUAAGAGGUCCUUCAGGAGAAAACGGCAAAGAUGGCGGAAAAGGAGAGGCUGGUCCAAGAGGAGAACGUGGAGAAUCUGGAUCUCCGGGUGCACCUGGACCUGCUGGAGAAGAAGGCAAAAAGGGAACUAAUGGUGAACCGGGAACUAAUGGUCUACCAGGAACUGCAGGAGAAAGAGGUACACCAGGUUUCCGAGGUCCCCCAGGCAGCAAUGGAAUUCCAGGCGAAAAGGGACCUCCUGGAGAACGUGGAGCUCCAGGCAGCGCUGGACCAAGGGGAAGUUCUGGUGAAUCUGGAAGAGAUGGAAUUCCUGGACCACCCGGAAUGAGGGGUUCUACUGGAAGUCCUGGUGGUCCUGGAUCUGAUGGCAAACCAGGGCCCCAAGGUCCUGCUGGAGAAUCUGGACGAUCUGGUAACCCCGGUCCACCAGGGUCAAGAGGUUCACCUGGAGUCAUGGGUUUUCCUGGUCCAAAGGGUAAUGAGGGUCAACCUGGUAAAAAUGGAGAAAGGGGUGGUCCUGGAUCUGCUGGACCACAGGGUCUUCCUGGGAAGAGCGGUGACUCGGGAGCCCAGGGUCCUCCGGGUGCAGCAGGGCCUACAGGUGAACGAGGAGAACCAGGAGCACCUGGACAAGCUGGCUUCCAGGGCCUGCCAGGAUCUCCUGGACCCGCCGGAGAAAAUGGAAAACCUGGUGAAGCAGGACCUAAAGGUGAAGUUGGUGGUCCUGGAACCCCAGGUGGCAAAGGUGAAAAUGGCAUUCCCGGUGAAAGAGGUCUGCAAGGUCCUCCUGGAACUACUGGUACUAGAGGUGCUUCUGGUCCUCCAGGUCCAGAUGGCGGGAAGGGACCUGCUGGACCACCUGGGCCCGGUGGUGCAAUGGGACCACCUGGUCUUCAAGGCAUGCCUGGAGAAAGAGGAGGCUUUGGAAAUCCUGGGCCAAAAGGUGAAAAGGGAGAAGGUGGAAGCAGAGGCGGAGAUGGAUCACCUGGAAAAGAUGGAUUGAGAGGUUCUACUGGCCCCAUUGGCCCCCCUGGUCCUGCUGGUCCAUCUGGAGACAAGGGUGAAGGUGGUUCAGCUGGACCUCCUGGGCCUGUUGGUGCACGUGGUGGUCCUGGGGAACGUGGUGAAAAUGGUCCUCCUGGUCCUGCUGGCUUUCCUGGAGCUCCUGGUCAAAAUGGAGAACCUGGUGGUAAAGGAGAUAAAGGUGGUUCUGGUGAGCGAGGUGAACCUGGUCCCCAAGGUGCUGGUGGUCCUCAAGGUGGACCUGGUCCUGCUGGUAAUACUGGUCCUCAGGGAUCAAAAGGAGAUCGUGGUGCUCCAGGAUCAGCUGGCACAGCUGGUUUCCCUGGUGCUCGUGGUUUGCCUGGACCUCCAGGUACUAACGGCAAUUCUGGUCCUGCUGGUCCUCCCGGAGGCCCUGGAAAGGAUGGUCCAGCUGGUCCAUCUGGUAGUACUGGUCCUCCUGGUAGUCCAGGUGGUGCAGGUCCAAAGGGUGAACCAGGUACACAAGGAGAAAGGGGAUCACCAGGAAAUCGAGGCGAAUCGGGUGCUCCAGGUCCUUCAGGAAUUAGUGGUCCAGUUGGCUCUCGUGGUAUUGUAGGAUUACCUGGAUUACAGGGUAGAGCAGGAAGUCCGGGUAUUCCAGGUUCUAAGGGUGAAGAUGGAAAACCAGGUACCAAUGGGUUUCCAGGUGAACGUGGUUCCCCUGGUUCACCAGGAGCAGCUGGAAUGAAUGGGGCCCCUGGAGAAGCUGGAAGAGAUGGUAACUCUGGCUCCGAUGGUGCACCUGGACGUGAUGGAUCAUCUGGACCUAAGGGUGACCGUGGUGAAAAUGGCUCUCCUGGUUCUUCUGGAUCUCCUGGUCACCCAGGCGCCCCAGGCCCUGUUGGCCCAGCUGGAAAGAACGGCGACAGAGGAGAAAAUGGUCCUGCUGGCCCUGCUGGCGCAUCUGGUCCUGCUGGUGCACGUGGAGCUCCUGGACCACAAGGUACACGUGGUGAUAAAGGUGAAGCUGGUGAGCGUGGUACCAAUGGAAUGAAAGGUCAUCGUGGUAUGCCUGGCAACCCUGGCCCCCCUGGCUCCCCUGGACCUUCUGGAGAACAAGGUACUGCUGGAUCUCCCGGACCCUUAGGUCCUAGGGGUCCUGCUGGAUCAAAUGGAUCUCCAGGCAAAGAUGGCCUUUCUGGAUAUCCAGGACCUAUUGGCCCUCCAGGUCCUCGAGGUAGCAGAGGAGAAUCUGGCCCAGAGGGUUCAUCUGGUCAUCCUGGACCUCCAGGACAGCCUGGUUCCCCUGGCCCACCUGGGCCUUGUUGUGAUGGUGGCGGAGCUAAUCUUGGAUCAUUUGGUGGGGAGAAAGGACCAGCUGGUUCCCCAUACUAUGGCGAUCAACCAUUUGAUGCAACGACCACUACUGAAAUUAUGACUUCCCUUAAAUCAAUCAACAGCCAAAUAGAAAACAUUAUUAGUCCAGAUGGCACAAGAAAGAACCCUGCCCGUAACUGUCGUGAUCUUAAAUUGUGUCACCCAGAGUAUAAGAGUGGAGAAUACUGGAUCGACCCCAACCAAGGCUGUAAAAUGGAUGCUAUUAAGGUUUUCUGCAACAUGGAAACUGGUGAAACAUGUAUAAAUGCCAAUCCAAGUAGCGCCCCACAAAAGAAAUGGUACACCAGCUCUGGAACUGAUAAAAAACAUGUUUAUUUUGGAGAGUCUAUGAAUGGUGGUUUCCAGUUCGGCUAUGGAGAUCCAGAUCUUCCAGAAGAUAUAUCUGAUGUCCAAAUGGCAUUCCUUAGAAUUCUGUCCAGCAGGGGCUACCAGAAUAUCACUUACCACUGCAAGAACAGCAUUGCAUACAUGGAUGCACAAAGUGGAAAUGUUAAGAAGGCUGUGAAAUUUAUGAGCUCUACCGAAAGUGAGCUUAAAGCUGAAGGAAACAGCAAAUUUACAUACACUGUUUUGGAAGACGGUUGCACUAAACACACAGGAGAAUGGGGUCGAACAGUAUUUGAAUACAGAACACGCAAAACAAUGAGGCUACCUAUUGUAGAUAUUGCACCAAUGGAUAUCGGUGGACCAGAUCAAGAAUUCGGAAUUGAAGUCGGCCCUGUAUGCUUUUUGUAAUUUAGGAUAUUUCUAAAAUUUAAACCACAUCAAAUGAUCUUCACUCCGUUUACAUCCCUUUGGAAUUUUGUCACUCAAAAGAAAAACUGCAUUCCAAUAAUUUAUUUUCCAACCAUUAAUGAAAAAGGGAUAGUUUGGUAGAGAGGGCUACAUUUUUUUUUUAAUUUUUUUUUUUUUUUUUUUUGCAAUAACACAAACUAAAUGCUUUUGCUCUAUUUUUUGUACAAAUUUCAUAUUGACAUCUAAAUGGUGCUAUAAAAAGGUUAAAAUCAUUAUUGAAAACACUGUGUGAUGUACUUUUUUUUUUACAUUUGUGGCCAAUUUAAAAAGCACUGAUCAAUCUAUAAAUCAGACUCCACCCAUCUUUCUAACCAAGAUGAAGUUCACAUCAUGCAUAAAGAACUUCCUGUUUCAACUACCUCAUCAUGGACAGAGGAUGGGUAGGGUUUGAUGAGGCAAACACACUAAUGAAAUACAAGGUAGCCAUGAAUCAUCAAAUUACAACUAAGGCCUGAUUCCUGAAUGCAGUCCACUGAUACUGUUUUUAUGUACUGCUUUGUCCAGAACAGAUUGAUUAAAGAUAUUCAGUCUUUCAAGGUGCUUUCCAUACUUUCAUGUUAUUGCUGGCCAAGACCACUAAAGUAGAAGGGAAGUUUAAUUAUCAAACAUCAUGGUGCUAAAUGCCAACAUGUUCCAAAGAUAUUCGUUUUAAAUAAAUGGUAACAAAAACAUGUUUGUCUUCUCUUCAGAAUUAUUGUUGGCAUUCACCUUACCUGAGGUGGCAUAUUUCAAUAUUAUUCAGCAGCUUUAGUUGCAAUAACUAAGAUACAGAUGACAGACUUUAUCCACCUCUAAACAUUUUUAUAUGACUGUUGAGUAAAGAGACACAUAAUAAAAAAUGAUGUACAAAAUUCA